CGGUGCAAAUAGACGUGGUAGUACAGUUUUAGUGUGUUUUAAAAAAAAAAAAUACCAUCAACGGAUGUGCGUAUUGAAAUAACGACUUGUUUUGGAUACAAUCAAUUUUGGUGUUCAAUCUGGUUGAAGAAAUUAAUGGUGAUUUAACAAGAAACCGAAAAUAAUGACAUGCACGUGAACUAUAACGCAAAGAGUCAUCCGAGCAUUGAAUGAAAUUCGACCGCCGCCGAACCAGUAGAAAAAGUCGAACGUAUUAAACAAACAACGAAUAAUACGGAAUCCAGGCAGAAAAAUUGAACGAAUUUACGACGAAAAGGAACCAACAGUCAAAAUACACACAUACAAAAAUCGCAGAAAUUACGGACCGAAAUAACAAAAAAAAAAAACGAGCAAACAAACAUGAAAAAUGAAUAUUGCCAGUUUUGACAAAAUGACUGAAGUGAUUAUACGCUGUGGUUAGGUUAGUUGAUGUGCGCCAAGAACAAGUAUUCAACUAUUGCAAUUUGCAUGACAUUCUAAUUCAUAAAACGAUUUACUUUUCUUUUAUGCGUUCCCUUUUUUCGCCAACGAAUCCAUAGACCGAAUCUCAUUUAUAGAAAUAUGAAAACAUUUAUUUAGUUAAGUGAAUUGUGUCUAAAUUUCUUUAUCUGCAAUUUUUCAACGUCGAAUGAGAGUCCCGUGUCUUUAAAUAGAGUACAUGUCUUUUUUUUCGAUUGAGAACUUUUGGUAAAAACUAUAUUUAACCGCAUACAUUAUAUUUCUGCUAUAAAGUAUUCAUUCGUGACCUUCUUUUUUCUUGGGUUUCGGCGAUUGGCACGAAAGAUAUUUCACUACGAAAUUGGUUGGUUUAUUUACAUAGACAAUUUUCAUUUUUACUCUUGAUGAACGGUCGACAAGAAAAUUAGGUAUUUUAUUUUUUUGUGAAAACGGCUGUAACAAGAGCGCCAACAACAAUUUACGCAUCGAAAACGUUUUAAUAGUGACAGUGAUAAGGGAUAAAAACCUGAUACAGGACCGACAGUGUACACGAUUUUUUUGCGAGUCUCUAUGUGUGUGUAUAUAUUUUUGCGACAUCGAUGACGACGAUUCAUUGUUUCCCAUGUUUGAAAUUGAAAUUGGUAGAAUGAAACGUGAAUACCGACAAAAAAAACUCCCAAACAAUUCGAAUCACAUCGUGAAAAAGUAUAAUUGAUCGAGUGAAAUAUAGAACGGUUUUGUUGCUGCCAUUGUCUGCGAUAAAUAUUUAAAAAGAAACAACCGUUGUGUGUAACUCUGUGUUACCCAUGAGAAUACAACAACGAAACUAAAACAGCAUAGACAUUGAAAUCGAACUAAUUGCAAAGAGACAAAUUUCGUGUCACUAGGCAAGCAUCAAUUGAGCGUUGCAUCGGUACGCGCUUUAAUAUUUACGAAUAAUUUCGCAUCGAAUUGUGCGUUUUGUUGCGUCUUCGAACGACGUGUUCGUGUCAAAAACAUGUACAAAACCAUCAUCAUGAACGUGUUCUACCUUGAAGGAUUUAUUUAUUUAUGGAUGUUCGCAUCAUUUCUAACGGGAUGUUAUGGAUUGCAACGAUUCGCUGAGCAGCCAAAAUACACAGAAGUGAAUCCUGGCGAAGAUGCGUUACUCACAUGUAAAAUUAUAGACAAACGGGGAUCGUGCUCAUGGCAAAAGGAUAAUAAGCCGGUCGGAAUUUAUCCGAAAAAGUAUGAGUGGGCGGGUACAACAUCUUAUGGUAUGCCGGGCAUUCCUUCGCAGCAUAUUGGUGGUGAUUGUUCUCUGUGGGUUAGAGCGGCUACCAUUGAUUUCGACGACGGAGCCUGGGAAUGUCAAGUAACGGCAAGUGAUUUCACAACUCAGGAUGCUCUAACCAGUCAACCGGUCCAACUUGUUGUGCGAGCUGCACCACAACGACCGAAAAUCGAACACGAAGGCAUUCAAGUACCACCUGGUCAUAAUGUAACUGUUGAUUCGAAAGCGGUUGCAACCGUAAGCUGUGUUUCGCAUUAUGGCAACCCGGCUGCACGACUUAAAUGGUUCUUAGGUGAUCAAGAAAUACAGCCGUUAAAUACUCAACUAAAUAAACGUGAAACAGGUAAUAAUCGAACGUGGUCAGCCACAUCAAUUGUUCAAAUACCAGCCACUCGGGAGCGUCACGGCGAAACGAUAAAAUGUGUUGCGCUUCAUGAGUCAUAUGCAGCCAAAUCGUUAUCGGUUGAAGCGAAAUUGGAUGUCAAAUACCCACCUACAGUUCGAUUGCUCGGUGCACCACAAAUCGAUCUCGAAGAAGGUAAAGACUCAUUGGUUUUACGCUGUGAAGCGGAUGCAAAUCCACCGGCCAGUAUUGUAUGGAAACGUGCAGGACGCUCGGAAAUAGCUAGUCUACAAGAAACGUUACAACUGAGACCAGUUGGACGACGAGAUUCUGGAUUGUACACAUGCCAAGCACAAAACUCUGUGGGAAGCUCGGAACCAUUAUCUGUUCAAUUGGAUAUUAAAUAUCCACCAAAAAUUAUAUCAGCAGGACCAGAUCGAUUAACAACAGCUCCACUCUAUAGUCCAGCAGCGUUUGAUUGCGUGGCUGAAUCGAACCCCCCAGCGACAUACAAAUGGUAUCAAAAAUUGAAGACUGUUUACUUGGAACGAGGUCAUGAAUCACGUUUGGUCAUUGACAAUGUAACUUAUGAUUAUCAGGGCGAGUACGAAUGUCGUGCAACGAAUACCAUAAACGGUCAAGAGAGAACAGUUGCAUCUGACCCUGUCUCACUGCAAGUCGUCGGUGCACCACAAAUAUUGCGUUCGCAUCCAUCUGCGAACACAGUAAUCUUUCGAAAAGGCGACGAAGCAAUUUUAACACUAAUCGUUUGUGCCGACCCCCGUCCUCGUCAUGUUGCUUUCGAAUGGGGUUCAUUACGUUUAGAAGCCGGCGCUGGAUUCGAACGAUAUCAUGUCGAUGAGGUAACGCAACAUUCGCUAGAAGAUUGCUAUUUGGCCUCAUUGCGCAUUGCUGAUGUCGAUGUUCAUGAUUCGCGACCAUAUUAUUUGGUUGUUGAAAAUGAGCGCGGCAUCGAUCGACACGCAAUCACUUUAGUCGUCGAGGGUAUGUUCACAGACCCAAUCGAAAUGAGCUAUCUGGCUGGCAUUGCAGGCGGAUGCCUGACAGCUGUAUUGCUUCUUGUUUGCUUAUGCAUCUAUGCGAUUCGAGCGAGAAAAUGUUGUUUCAAAGGACGAGGAAACUUUAAAUCCAGCGACAAAGACAGUGAGAAAGCUGAUUUGAAAUCACGUUCGGAUAGCAUUGGGAUCGGUGUUGGACCGCCGCAUUUGGAUUCGAUAUAUACGACCCCUUCAGGAUUCCAUCAUCAUGCCCAUCAUCAUUCGCAGGGCUCACCAGAAGCAAUGAAGGCAAUGCCAGUUCUUACUUCAUUUGGGACCCAUGUUAACCACGUAGUGUAGCAGAAACGUGAACCUAUUUACCACCACCACCUGUCAAAUCACUCCAAUCAAAUUAGUCAUAGUAAUAGUAAUCUAACCAUCACUGCCAGCAUUGAUCAAAGCACUGCGAAUAACCAAUAUGUGUCGAUGAAAAAAUUCUCAUCGUCAGCAUCGCUAUCGAACAAUAUCAAUUGUAAUUCAAAUAGUAGUAAUAGUAAUAAUGCAAAAAUCACAAGCAAAUUGAUUGCAAAUCAAAUAACAAACGAUAUAAUCAAACCGAAAGCGAUUAGUGCAGCCGAAGCAAAACUAAAAAAUACCAAUAAAAACUAUGCCAAACUGUCGACCGCCGAUUCAAAUAAAAGUGGCGCUUACAAGAUGUACAAUCAUCGUCAAGAGAUCGAUUCGAACGAUUAUUCGAUGCGUUUGAAUCAGCCAAGCACAUCGAUUGACGUUCUGAGUCUCGUCAGCACCAAUAGUAGCUCGGACAGUAGUUCGACCUUGAAUGUUUGCGAAUAUUUAUCAAAAGAGGUGGCGGCGGCCUCAUCCAAUUGUCGAAAAAAAUCCACUGUUAACGAUUAUGCGACCGCAGACUAUGUAAUGCAUCGGCCAAAAUCGUCACAAUCGCAACACAAUCCAUAUAAAUCGCCGGCCGAACAAAAAGAAAAGAAACAACAUCGCAAACACUAUUCGGCACAGGGUCUUCGAUCACAGCACACGGGCUCCGGUCCAAUUUAUGCAAAAAAACAUCAACACACAAAAAAAUCCACACACCAUCACAAUCACACACACAAACAGACUGCUGCACAAUACACAUCACACGGUUUGCACUUGUCAUCACCCCCGUCACCGCCACCGCCACCACUCCGCAUUCCAACGGCCAAAAAAGAUAGACACAGCUAAUUUAUUUAUUGAAAAGAUUUUUGUGGUUUUCGACCGUUUCGCAAAACUUUCGAAACUCAUUCGUAAAAUCGGACAUCAAUUCGUAUUUUUUUUUAGUAAAAACCAAGCGCCAAACCAAAACUAUUAUUUCGCAUAGUCGACAUUUAUUGUUCAACACAGUAAGGCAGGACAAACUAAUCAAAUGCUUCGGUUGUGAAAAUCUGCACACACAUAUACACACAAAAAGACCACACAUGUACACAUGCAUACACCAAAAAACAAUAGAUUAUCCUCGUAUUUUGUAUAAUGGUUGAACGUUACGAUUUAUGUGUUAAUUGCGAUCGAAAGAAGGAACACGAGCUAUGAAACACUCUUUUUUUAUUAUUAUUGUUAUUGAGCAUUGAAAAUAAUAAUCCACUUUCGAAUCCAAAUUGUUCUAACAUAGCUCUUGCUCCAUCUCUUCAAACUAGCAACGCGACGAAAAUGUGUGAACCCAAAAUGUGUAUUUAUAAUCAAAAGGAAAGCAAACGUAUAUUAUAUAUAUAUAAGAUUAACUGUAUAAAGAAACGCUGUAUUUAACAAAAACUGCUAUCGUAUUUAUGUUCCAUUUGAAUUUUUAUGUUGAUAAUUUACUCAAAUAUACACAAGUACACAAAAUUACACAGACACAACAUCAUUCAUAUUCAUAAAAAAUUACUGUAAAAAGAAGCAAAAAAAAGCGCCACACCAACAAAUAAAAAAACCACAAACCUGCACUCAUCUACACACGAAACCUCUCCACAUUUC